AUGUUAUAUCAGUUGCUACGGAUGGCUAUCUGGCUAUGGCAGGGUGCCAUAAAGGCGGAAGUUAAGGGUUCAGACCUAAAAAGCGAACACGUGGAGUACCACAGGCUUGACUCCGUUAAAGAGAAUGGUGAAUUGGUGUCGCGUUUGGAGGAGCAUGCUUCAGCUGACGCAAUGGGUGAUGAGAAACCGCUCGUACAUGCUUCUUCUCAACUGGACGUUCCCUCUGAAGGCAUUCACAAGGUUUUAGUUCAAGAUGGUGCUCAUGUGAGCGUACAUGAGGCUACCGCAGCGACAACAGCAGCUAGUGAAGAACAAACUACUAAGGUAUUCCAUGGAGCAGCAAGGCUUGUGCAACCUGGCUCCUUGACAACUAACCCCCAGAAUGGACACACCGCAACACGGCGUGCUUUCAAUGCUGACAUUACUAAAGAGACAAAGAAUAAUGUGGAUCACUAUUCUUCUUACACUGGAGUUCAGUAUUCUCCUCUGGAUAUGGCAGAAUAUGUAUUCUGGACUGGCGAUGAGCGUGGUGUCACAACUGCUAUUGAAGAUUUCUUGCAGGAAGGAAUGAUGACAAAAGAAGAAGCGAUAGCCUUUCUUCAGGAGAUCAAGUUUAAUAUCGAUUAUCUUCGAGCGCAUUAUUCGCAAAACCUCAAAGCGGCUGAAGAGAAUGCCCAACAAGAACAACUUAGGGGUCUACUCAUGCAGCAGGCCAGUGCUAAGGCAAUGGAAAAAAAAUCCUUCAAAACCCUAUAUCACUUUCAGGACCAGUACCAAUAUCACAACGCGGCAGGCCUCCAGUCGUUCCCGUUCGGCAACAGUCCCGACAUAAUCCGGACCAUCGUGAACAAGAACUGGGAGCUGAAUAACAACCUGUCUCCAGUACCUGUGUUGCCUCUCACGUCCUCUGACGCUGUUAAGAGAUACGACCCGAUGCUGCAGACCAACAUUAUUGGUACAUCUGAUUACGAUCGAGACGGGCCUAUCAUUAGUGAGGAGGAAUACGAAGAAAUGAUGGACAAAUUGAAGGCAGCUGACACUCUCUAUACUGAGUACACCUUGGAAGAGAUCAUUUACCAAUUAGCUAAGAUGAUGUUCUCGCAGUCAUUGAGCCGGGAUCCUGCGUCUGCGCGCGCGGCCACGCAACGUUUCAUGGCCUUUUUGGAACUAGAGGCAGAACGAGGGCAACUCUCUCGCACCAUCGAGAAAAAAGUGCUCGACGUGAUGAUUGCUGCUCUAACUGACACUAUUGGUGACCACCCAGAAUUAUUACAGACGCGUGAAGGACUCGGAGGCAGUUCAGCGAACAGGUAUGAUAUCAUAAAUCAAGUAGAUAAGUAA